ACCAAAAGAAGAAGAAGAAUGAGGACCAAAUAAAGGCUGGAAGGAGCCUGUAACACUCCCCGGACUUCUUUCUCAAAGUUAAGAGCAUCAUUAUUAUGCUGCUUACUACGACGGCGCCAUCACACUUAUGACGUAAUAAUAAUGUCACGUGUUUAUAAUAAAACAUCAUCAAUAAAAAGUAAAUAUUAUGGCGCUCUGUAAAGAGCUGCUACUCUCAAAUCUGCAAGAGAUGUCCAAAAGACUUUAUCCUUGUCUUCUUUUAGCUGCAAGGCAUCUCUUUCAGCUGUUUUGACUGAUCUGGUCUUCUCUGUCACAUGAUGUAGAGCCAACCACGUGGUUUUCUUUGCACACAUUUUUACCGUGAGUGUCUCCAGACCCUUCCUCCGCGGCGAGACUAGCCUCUUCCGAGCCUCUUCCACAGGGCGAGCAAUUAGAUCUAUUGUUAUUUUAACCCUCAAUAUGGCGGAAUUGGAAGAGACAGAUCAUGAUGGACUUUUGACUUUUCAUAUACAGGGAAGAGAAAAAGUUGAUGAUGAAAAUGAUGGAGUUACUAAUGAAAACAAAAUAACAGAUGAGGUAGUUUAAAUGUACCUGUACAUGUAUACUGGUACAUAAAUUUUAGUAAAAUUGUGAAUUAUAGUACUGCAUAAUUAUGAAUUUGUGACCAGUGCCAUUGAGCAUUUAGCAUAAUGAUCCUAUUACAUGUCCAGAAAUGAUAAUGCUACUUCCGGUCAUUUACUAAUAACGAAAUUCAUAGUUUAUUAAUGAUAUUCAUAACAGUUUAAUGAUAUUCAUAACAUAUUAUUGCAAGUUGUCAUAGCAACGAAACAAUAUGGCUGUUCGUAGCUCACGGUCACAAAGAGUUUGUUCUAUAAAACAGUAUGAGAAAGGGUACUAUAGAAGGCUUAUUGAUACUGAAACAGAAGAUGUGGAAAAGGAGAGUACGCUGAUACUAACUUCGGAUGAUGUCUAUGAAGUGGAGAGAUUAAUUGAACAAAGGAUGAUAAAAGGAAAGGUUUAUUAUUUAGUUUUAUGGAAAAAUUACUCCAAGGAAGAAGCCACUUGGGAGCCUGAGAGCGAAAUUACUGAGGCAGCAGUUAGACUGUAUCAUGAACCUCAGCCUCCAAUCAGAGCUAUUUUGGAUGCUGUAAGCUCUUUCUCCUUAGUUCUUCAAAAUAAUUUAAAGGCUGGACUGUUGCGUAGACGCUCAAUGUCACUGGAGUUUCCAAGAUAUGUUUUUAACUUCCUAUUUAACAACAAAGGAAAUCAUACUAGUAAUAGACCUGGGUGUCUUUACCAACGAUGUGACUUCUCAGCAGAGUAUUUUUGCAAUGGUCACUUUGAAUACUAUAACAAGUUUGGAGAAGGCUGCUUUGUCUCAUUUCCCAUCUAUAUGUAUAGUUUUGUCAAGUUCUCUCAAAAGAAAUAUAACAGUAGUGGUGAAUGUCUUAAUAGUUGUACUUUUACUGAAACACUAUAUAUCAAAUUAGUUAAAAGACAUUAAUGAUACUUUUUAUGAAA